CUCAGUUGGAGAAAAGACACCGUUGAUUGCGAGGGCUCUUUUCUUUCCCCGAUUUUGACUAAACAGGGAAGGGACUCCUGCAUCCCCCUACCUCCAUGUGCAUGUCUCUGUGUGUAAGGAAGGAAGGAUAAAGGAAAAGGAGGCAGAGAUCGCAAGGAAAUUAGUUAUCGGGAGUGACACCAUCAGUCGACGCUAGGCAGUCGGUGAGGUCGCACGCACGCCGCUCGCAGGAUGCGGUUCGUUCGGGUGGCGGCGGCGCUUGGGUUGGGCGUCGCUUCGCUCGUGACGGGACAGAAUCUCCGCCAAAACAGAGAUAAAACGGCCCGGCAGUAUUAUGGCUACAACAACAACAACAACAAUGGCUACAACAGCGUGAGUAGCAACCAGGUGAUGCAGCAGUCGGCCUCUCCCGCCCCCACUGCCCACAGCAAUGGCUAUGCAAACGACUACACCAAUUACCAACAGCAAUACGGCUACUACGACAACUACGGCAGCGCUUCGGACUACGCGCAGGACUAUGCCCCCGCAGCGACUUUCGGCUCCGGCGUCGCGGAAAACCCGGACUCGUCGCCGGCCCUCUCCGCGCUGGCACUGCUUGGCUUCCUGUAUUUCCUCAACCUUAUCCAGGAUGUCCUUCAGAACAACAACGGUCGCCGUCGACGGUCGCUUACCCCUCUCCAGGACGCGAUGGAAGGAGAGCAGUUGAAGCCCCUGGGCUCCCUGGAGUCCCUAGACGAAGAGCAGUUGAAGCCCUUGGCGUCCCUGGAAUCCCUGAACGAAGAGCAGUUGAAGCCCUUGGAAUCUGCGGGAAGCCUGGAGGAAGACAUGUUGACGCUAUCGGAAUCCCCGGAGCCCGAGAGGGAUGAGCAGUUGGAAGAAGUCGCGUCUGAUCGGAACCAGAGCGGAAGACGCCUCUCCUUCUUCGAGAACUUUUUCAUUCGACUCCCACAGGCCCUUGGACUGGUGAAAAAAAAGCGAAUCGACCGCAACGGGCGUGACGAGGCGGCCAUGACCGUGGGCGGCUUCCUCACCUCGCGCCUCAAGAUGGUUUCCUCCAUCAUGAACUUCCUACGAGACCCGAGUCCUAUGCGGGUGCGCCGAUCCCUGCCGAUGUCGGGCGGCGACGGGGGGCGGCUGGAGGGGCAGGACCAGCUGCGCAGCGCGCGCUCCCGCCGCUAUACUCGCGGCAUGAACGCGUGGUACGGAGACCUCCUCGGCCGCAACGCCGAGGGCAGGCAGGGAGCAGGAGGAAUCGCGGCCAAGGUCGUAUCCGCGCUGGGCGGGGGGCGUGACCUGCAGGCCGCCGCCAGCGCUGAGGCGGUGCCAGCGCUCCUGGAGGCGACGCUAGCGCUGGCUGGCGGCGCCCACCCGCACUGUCUCCAGCGCGUCCUCUGCCGCAUCAGCGCUCAACAGCAGACGCUCUCCCUCGCGCCGCGCCUCGCUCUGCAGCUUCUCAGCAACAAACUGGCCGAGGGAGCGGCGGGCCCUGAGGACCACCUGAAGGCCGUCGCCGCUGGCCGCCGAGGCGAGGAUUGCGAGAGGUCUUUCCCGCAUUGCCGUCAGGAGCCGCAGGAGGAGCCCGGGCUUUCCAGUGAGCUUGGGGGUCCGUAGAUGACCUGUUUUUACCAAAGAUUUCGUUGUUACACUAUUCUACUUGUGUAUCCGGUUUGCUUAUUUAUGUAUUUAUGUACGUUUUGUCCCUCAGUGACUGACAGAAGACUUGCCGUACAAAGUUGAAUAAACAAAACUGUUAGCAUGUGGUCUUCCAGCACCAUGUUGUUAAAUAUG